ACUACUCCGUCAAACAUAUCUAUAGCUGGAACAUCGGUACUUUUAACAAGUUAGAAAACAUCGCAAUAAAUUUGGUUUUGCAAUUAAGCAUCAUUUCAAAAUGGACAUAAGGAUUGGUUUGCUGUUGUUGUUCACGAUUUCACCAUGUUUUGCUCUGGAAUGCUCCAGCUGUAUGCAUAUCGGUUUCGAAUACAUCAACAUGCCGGACAAUAUCGAAAGUAUGCUGAACGAUAUGAUGUCGUCCCUGGAUUAUUUAAGGAGCGAGUCAUGUGCUAGUAACACAGCCCCGACAGAGACAUGCGCAGUUGCUGCUCAAGGUUCAAAGGACACCUGUACUAGCUUUACAUUUUCCAUGACGUGUAUGGGGUUCACAGCCGCUAAUCUGCCGGAUACCGGGAUGAGGAUAUUGAUAGUUGUGCGUGGGUGUAGCGCGUCGCUGGAAGACACCGAGGACAACUGCCGCAAAAUAGAUACACUUUUAGACGCCGAGAGUCAGGCCGAAUUCAUACAGUCACUCGAGUCGCUUACCACAACAUUUGAUUCCGUCGAAUAUAAUGGCGACUUAUGCACCUCAUCAACUGGUAUUUUCCCUACUACCGCAGCAGCCAUCAUAAAGACCACCACGAAACCAACAAGCGGUUCAUCGAUCACGGAUGCAUCCACCAUCACGACCACCACGGAACCAACAAGCGGUUCAUCCACGAUCAUGUUGAUGCCAUCAGUUGCGGUUUUGUUAAUUGCUUCGUAUCUUGUGUAAAUCAAUAGAAGAAUGUGUAAAUCCAGUAAAGCAAUUAAUUCCUGCUUUUCAGCAAUCACCAAACUGUAUGUUAAGACGUUUUUUUAGAUAACCUUACAUGUAUUUGUUCCUUUGAUUAUUCGUUUUAGGUUUACUUGGUCAAUACUCUUUGUUAUAUUUCAGAUUAAAAUGACCGAGUAUAUUUUGUACUACAUGUGUAUUUGCAUUCUGGUUACGGAACUAAGACGUUUUUCGGUUUAAAGUGCUUCCAAUUCGCUCUGAAAAAGGUCAUAUAAAUGUUCUCCAAAGUUAUCUUUCAAAAAAGUGCGUUGAAUAUAAAUCCAGAUAAUAGAACAUGAAACAAAAACAAAAGAAAACAAUUCCUGCUUUUGUAAUUUUGUACAGGUUGCAAGCUUAUUGUAGGAUUAGUCGCCAUGAAACGCGUAUAUUGCUUUGUUUGUUUGUUUUAUUGUAUUCGGACAAUACUAUUUGUAGUUCUUUAGACCAAUAUCCCAGAUAUUUUAUGUACUUUUUUAUUAAAUGUUAUUAAAUGUUAAA